AUUACGGACCAUAGCAGUCAUUUUGAUUAAACGUCUAACUAAAUGAGAACAGUUCGAUCCAGUCAACGAGUAGCCUCAAAAGUAUUUUGCACUGAUCUUGCACGUUGCGAAAAAUUGUCGGGUAAAUGGCGGGUCAUAAUUAUCUGAGCGAUCCAAAAAAUCCGUUUUUCUCAUUAGAAGAUGACGUGGACGAUGAGACGUUUCUAAGGAACGCUCCAGUCAGAAGUGAACCCGCGGGGCGUUAUCAGAACUUUGAUAAUGAUUUUACGCAAACACGCCAACAAUUGCUACAACGUAAGAAGGAAAUCGAGGAACGCACAGUACAGUCUUCAGAAAGAUCUGUUUCGCUUCUAAGAGAUUCGGAGCAAAUUGGUGUAGCUACAGCCGAGGAAUUAAUCAGACAAAAGGAACAGCUGCAGAGGACAGAAAAAAGAUUAGAUGAUAUUAACAGUACAUUAAGAUUUAGUCAAAAACACAUACAGGGCAUAAAGAGUGUAUUUGGUAGUCUGAAAAAUUAUCUCAGUGGCAAAUCUUUAGACGCUCCAAUACCAUCCACAAAGUUGUCAGAAUCUUCCAGUUCUGGAUCUAUGACAUCUCCUGCAUUGUCUAAUACAUUAGAACAAGUACAAAGCAACAUAAACAAUUCAUAUUCAUCAACAAUGAUAAGAGGAAGUUAUGAUGACUAUUAUCUGGAAGAUGUUAAACCUGCCGGCGAUAGAAUAACUAAAGUUCUCGAACAGAAUCUAAGUGAGAUGAGUGGAUCAUUGGCAAGACUAAAACAUCUAGCAAUUGGUUUAUCCGAAGAGAUAGAUUCACAAAAUGAUCUAAUCGAUAAUAUAACUGAUAAAACUGAGAAAGCUGAUAUAAUGUUGCAGCAACAAAAUAAAGAUAUGUUACAUUUAUUGAAGAAAUAAGUUUAACAUUCGUCAUGUAUCAAAAACUUUUUGCUUGUAAUAAUAUAUACUAACUAUACUUCUAUGAAGUAUAGAUAUAGUACAUGUUCAGCAAAACAGAACAAAUUUUUCACAUUAAUUUGUAUUGUUGAAUUAGUGUAUGUCAACAGUGCAAUCAUAUUGUGCGACGUGUUUUAUAGAGUUUUUCACAAAGCAAAAUUAUGCAAUCUUUACAUAAUAAUUACAAUGAAACCUAUAGAACAUAUUUGUUACUAGAGACCAUGAUCUUUAAUGAGGAAAAGCUUUUUCUUUUGCAAUUGUCUGUACUAUAAAACUGAACGUGAUAUCUUUACGUGCGAAUGUUAAAUAAAGGUGUUUUUAUUAUUUCUUUUUCUUAAGAUUUUUUGUAAUCUUUUAAAAUAAGAACUGUGAUAA